AUGGCUGAGCCGGCGCAGCUGCAAGCAGCGCCUAGCGGCUCUCCAAGAGAGAUCAAGCAGGAACGCGAGCACGAACCGACAGGCCUCGAGGGCCUCGACUUUAGCAUUCUCGCCGAGCUCGCGUCAAAGCGCCCAUUCGAAGAUGUAACGCAGGGCAACCACGAGGAGCCUGAGCAAGAGGCCAAAAGGCCCAAAACAGAGAACCCUACCACAGAAGAAGAGUCUUCUCUUGAAGAUGGACUGGCGCUGCUGGUGCAGAAUGCGCUUUCCAAUGUUGGCGACCUGGUCAGCAGAUUCAACGUGGAGCCAGAAGAGGCGCAUGGCAGCGAUCCCAUGGACGUGGAUGACGCGCAUGGAACCGAUGCGCGACCGGCUCCCGUAUCGUUCUUGUCGGAGCCGGAGAAGUACGUGCGCAUUGCGAACACGCAUGCGCUGGGCAAUCUGGCGCUUUCAUUACUACUUAUAUUGCUACAGCAGCCCAUUGACGACAUGUCGAAGCUAGCGGGAGAUGCAGACUCGGGCUAUGGACGCUCGUACGGCCGGUUAAAACGAUCUUUCGAUGCGACGUGGCAGCUCUUCUCAGACGGCCAGGUGCUGUCGGCCGAUGAACUGGAAAUACAAGAGGCAGAAGCCCGCACCUUGUUGGAAUUGGCCAACAUUGCAAAGUUUGGGACGUGGUUGGUCGAGGGGGGACUGGAUUCGUUCGCUGCGGCCGUUACGCAUUUCAAUGCCGUGUUUCGAUGUCAUCUGUCGGAGCUAUCUCCCGGCCUCUCUCAGCUUUACCUCGGAAUCAAGACUCACAGGACAAUCGAAUCACUUUUAAUACCGGACGCAGAUAAAUCAUCAAUAGGAGAGACUAUACAGUCUAAGAUGAUGGAGGGCCUAGAAGAGCCGGCAGCGACAAACGGCGAGUCAAGUUCGUCUUCUCAGCAAGAACUAUUGGCCGCGGUCAAGUCACGGAGAGAUGUUCUUAUUGAGGAGACAAAGGAUAAAGAACCAGGCGCCCUGAAGGACAAGUUUCCCACCGGCGAUGUAUUAAAGAGCUUUUCGGCACAUGUUAAGACAACGCUCGCAUCUAUGACGGAGAUUGGAGAAAAGCUAGGCAUCUCGGCGCUGCUGAACGACGUUGCGAAUCAAGAAGCGAUACCGAGCAGCUCGGGCGACGGUGAACUGGAUCUGGACGACCUUUCGUCAUUCUUCGAGAAGACAACAUCUGGUCUGGUGCAGAAUGCGCUGGCUGGCCUGACGGAAGAGACACCUACACAAGAGCCUCUUACGACGACUGAGAACACCGAGACGCCAGUGGAGGCUAUCAAUGGCGAGCCGACUUCAGAAGCACCAUCAGCUGCGACAGCAACAACACCAGCACCACCAGCCGCUGCUCAACCUAGCGUUCCCAAGCUGGAUCUCAUCUCGGAUUAUAAGGAGCUGGAGGCACUGGUAGCGGAGAGCACGUCGAAUUAUGUCAAAACGACCCUCAACGGCCUGUCUGCUGUUCCCUACCAACCUACAGUACCCCAGAGCACAGCCGAAACCAUGGCAGCACAAUCACCUUAUCUGAGCCAUCUUCAUCAACACCAAUCCCAUCACCCUUACUAUACUUCAUAUUCGGCUCAACCACCCCCAGAGCAGCAGCCUCAACAACCUGCUGGGACCCCCGAUAACCUGCCGCCAAAUCAGACGUUUCCUAGCGCCAUUUUAUACGACAAAGCUCGCCAGGCAGCGUUAUCCAAGUCGUCGGCGCAUACGCGGAGAGAAGGACUUCACUCUACUCGACGACCUUGGACCCAGGAGGAGGAAAAGGCGCUUAUGGCCGGUCUCGAUAUGGUCAAGGGCCCUCAUUGGAGCCAGAUCCUCACCCUGUUUGGCCAGAGCGGAACUAUAUCCGAUAUUCUGAAAGACCGGACGCAAGUGCAGCUGAAAGACAAGGCACGAAACUUGAAGCUGUUCUUCCUAAAGACAAACUCUGAAAUGCCGUACUACUUGCAGGCUGUGACGGGAGAGCUCAAGACGCGUGCUCCCACCCAAGCUGCUAGGAAGGAGGCCGAGGAGAGGGCACGACUAAACUCUGAGGAAGAGCAGGCUAAGCUGCAGGGCAUCAUGGCGUUGGCCGGAGGACUGCAACACCCACCUCAACAACAGCAACACCAUCAACACCCGCAGCAUCAGCUUCAGCAACACCAGCAGCGACAGCUUCAACAACAUCAACCCCGACCACCAGCUACCGUAGCGGCUGCGGUAGGGCAGAGUGUAGUAACGCCCGCUCAGGCUGCCAGCGCGGCGCAAUCAGCGUCUUCAGCACAACAACAUGCCUCACACCUUCACCAAACGACACCCACGGCGACGAUGACAGCCACACCACAAGCCAGCAUAGCACCUACUAUGAACCGUGGCGGGAUGAUUCUACCCAACACGGCGCAAAUCAGACCCGACAACCACGCAGCAGCACAACAACACGCUGCUUCACAGCCAACGGCGAUAGCUCCUCAGCCUCCGCGACCGCAAACUCAGCUCCCUCCUCAGGUCCCCAGACCCCAGACCCAACCGCAAACAAUACAGCCUCAUCAUCUGCCGCAGACACCGACGCAGACACCGAUGCAGACGCCUACGCCAACGCCGCAGACGAUACAGCCUUCACCGCAACAGCAACAACAACAACAUCAUCAUCAUCAUCAUCAUCCCCAGACACAAGCUCAACCCCAAACACCUGCUCAACAACCGCUGGCUCAAGCCCAGCCGCACACGCAGACGCUUGCACAGUCUCAGCCGCAAUCGCAGCCACAACUGCAGCCUCAACCGCUCCAAUCUCCGCAACAGCCUCAACAACCCCAACAAUCUCAACAACAAUACCAUUCACAGCCGCAGUCUUCCCCCCCUACUCUACCGGCUCAUUCACCAGCACUCCCACAUCAACAACAACAAUCGACGCCAAGUCGGCCUGAGACGCCGAUUGCCAGUAUGCAGCUCUCAAACGGAAUGGGAUCCCAUCCUUCGCCUCCCCCACCAAUUGCUGCCACACCAACGCCGACUCAGCUCUCCCAGCACAUCCAGACCCCUCCUCCGCCUUUGCCCGCACCAGCUUUUUCACCUCAGCCGCAGCAGCCUUCGACGCCGGCGCAAACAGAGCUACACAAAUUUGUGUCAGCGCCGGAAGCGCCAAUGUCUGAGGCUGUAGCGGUUCAGAAUGAUGAGGCUGCUGCUGAAGCUGCUUUGAUAGAAGGAUUACAAGCUGCUGUCGCACAGGCGCUGGCUUCAUAA